UUGUGUUUUCAGACGCGAACGCUCAUCAGUUAUAUCUUCCCCUGUUUCAUCUACAAGGAGUUCGCUCUGAGAAAAGCAAGAGGGCCUGAAUUAAGAAAAGAAAGAAAAGACACUCGUAUAGCAGAAACUGCCAAAUCCUUUUCGGAAAGAGAACUCCCCAAAGAACAGGCUGAGAAUCUGCUAUUGAACACUUCUCAAAAACCGAUGACUCCAAACACUGAAAAUUAUGGGUCUCAGCUUUUAAUCCCACAUGAUGCUUUGACUCCAAGUUCGAUGGAAUUGGAGUUUUUGGUGCAACAAGCUACUCUGCACGCAUCACCAUUCAAUGUGAGUGGUGGAAAACAUCAAAUAAAGUUUUGCGCCCCAAGAUUUCCUGUAAGAGAAAGUGAUAUGUCUCUAUUCCAACCUACUUCCACUCCAUCACCUACAGUUAUUGAAAGGAUAGACCAAUCUACGGUAUUUCCUAUUGAAGAAGAACCAAAGGAAGAAGAUUCUCCGACAGAUGACAGAUUCGAGGUCUAUCCUCAACGGAUUUGGAAAAAGAGGUCUUGGAUAUGGUCUACUCUGAAAUUCUACACUACUACAAAGGCGAAAUUUGUUUAUCAUGUGCUGGGUCUUAGUUGCAAAACCACGGAGGAGGUCUACCAUACCGCAGUUCUCAAACUACUGGCCGGAAUUGAUUGUGGCACUUGUCCAACUGUCUCAGCUGUGCGACAGUGUCGUAGCGAUAAGGCAAAGAGUGAUUACUAUUGA